UCAUAGCUGUCGGAAAGCCAUUUUGGUUUGUUUUUUUGCAACUAACUAAGGUGGAGAGGGUCCUUCUUUGCACCAAAGAGACGGAUUAAGAAAGAAGGAGAGCGGAAGCCAAAAGGCAAGAGGAAGGAGGAGCUAUACCAUUUAAAAGGAAGAGAAAGAAUCAGAACAGAUGGCGAUGUGAUCUGUGAGAUCCACCACAGCGGGAAGGAGGGCAUCAAAGGUGUGAACACAGAUUCCACUGGUGUGCGUGCGAGUGCCAGAAACAGGGACCAUGCCGGACCGUCAGAAUCGUUUGGGGAUGCGACAAGCCCUCACCUUCAUCACGGGCCUGGUGGAGUGUCUUUGUUUUGCAGGCAUCUUAUUUGGGUGGGCCUCACUUGUUUUCGUCCUCAAGAAGGAGAGUUACUUCAAAGAUCUGUGUGUCAACAGCACAGGAAUCAAUGGCUCACAGGUUUUAGAUUGCAGUGGACAAGAUGAGCAGCUCUCCCUGGUCUUCACCAUUGCAUCCUUCAUGAAUAAUUUUCUGACAGUAGCAAGUGGUUUCAUUUUCGACCACUUUGGCACAACAGUGGCUCGGCUCUUGGGAAUAGGUUUCCACACUGUCGGUACCUUGAUGGUGGCCUUCUCAAAUUCAGCUCUGUCCGUCCUGCUUUUCCCAGCCCUCUCCUUCAUUGCUGUGGGGGGCAUUAUGUUGCUCAUCACCAACAUGCAGGUGGGAAACCUUUUUGGCACCCGUCGUUCCACCAUCAUUACUCUCUACAACGGGGCCUUUGACUCUUCCUCAGCACUCUUCAUAAUCAUCAAGUUGCUAUAUGAGUCUGGCAUCUCUCUCCGUGCCUGUUUCCUGUUCCUGUCCAUCUGCAGUGUCAUUCAUGUGCUCAGGACUUUCUUCCUUUUUCCCAGAACCAUCAUUCCAUACCCACUGCCUGAUGACUACACAUAUGGGCUGUCCUGCAGUAAGCGAAAAAGGGCCAAGCAGUCUAUGAAUGUGAGCUCACAGAAGACCACAGAGACAGAACCAUUUGCCAACAAGGCACCUGCGAAACAAGAGAAAACUUUACGUGAGUGUGUUCUAUCCAGAUUAUUCAUCUGGCACGUAAUUUGGUUGUCGGUGAUCCAACUGCGACAUUAUCUGUUCAUUGGCGCCCUUAACCCCAUGCUGCAGAAGCUAACUCAUGGAGAGCCUUCACUUGUCAGCCAGUACAUCAACGCCUUUGCCUUUACCCAACUGUGUGGGGUGUUGUGCGCGCCUUGGAAUGGCCUCAUCAUGGACAGAAACAAGCGCAAACCUCUGCCUGAAGGUAUGAGUGAACAAGAGGCAGACCUGAAUUCCUCAGUUCUUUCUCUCUUCCUGACAUCGUUGAUGGCGUUGGUGUUUUCAAUUUGUGCCGCUGCACCACUCUUACAACUUCAGUACUUUACCUUCAUCAUCCAAGUGCUCAAUCGCUCGUUCCUGUAUGGUGGCAAUGCAGCAUUCCUCAGUGUGGCUUUCCCAUCAUGCCACUUUGGAAAGCUGUACGGCCUCAUCAUGGCUAUUUCAGCAGUCUUCUCUUUACUGCAGUAUGCCUGCCUUGCUUUGGUAAAGUCUGUCCUGCAUGGAGAUCCUUUAUAUGUGAACAUCGCUGUGACCCUGGUGAUUCUGCUCGCCUUUGUCCACCCGCUGUCUGUCUUUUUGCACUGUAGAAAUCUUGCAUCGCAGCGCGCCAAGAGUCAGCUUCAAUAGCAGUAAAAGCGGACUUGUGACAAUUUCUCAAUUCUCACAAUGACGCUGACACAGUGACUGUAACAUCAAUACUGUUCUGUUGGUUCUUUGAUUUUUAAAUGAUUCACCAAGUUUUUUGAUUGUGUGUUUCGGAUUCCUAUGUUAUGUUUUGUGUGCCGUCAGCAAACCCAAAACGGCUGCGUGUACUCACAGUUUUGCUUUAUUUUGGACAACCUUAUGUUAACUUUGUCUCUCCACUUUUUUUUUUUACUGUAGAAAAUAUAGAAGCGUAUUCUGAAUUCUUGACAUAUUUGGUAAUGUUAUGAAUUUGCCAAAAGUGUAACUUAGGCUUCUGUUUUAAACUGAAGCAAAGUUGCAGACUCAACAAAGCAGUUCACGACUCAGCUAUUCCACCUACUGCACAUUGUAGUCGUCUACGAAGUUAACAGACCUCAUUUUGUAAAUAUAGAAAUGAGACAAGCAUGUGGAGUUUUAACUUUCUCAAAAAGUUUCACGCGAUGAAGAAUGAACAUUAAUUGUGGGGGCAUUUAAAAAGAUAUGAAGUGAAAUAUC